UAACGCUACAAUGUAAUUUUUAAAAAGUCAAAUUACAUUACAGCAUUUGCGAAUUCUGCUUAGUAAGACUGCUAAUUUUCUGAGCAGAGUCGUUGGGUGACGGCAAGUUUCGUCCCUGGAAUUUAGAGCAGAGAGGGCACUCUCAACUUUUCAUUUUCUCCUCCAAUGACGCAACCUCUGUACUCUCCUCAUCACCUCCCAGGAUCGUUGAUGGGCAAUGCAUCGAUCAUAGUGCAGACAGUGAGGACAGGCGCUGCAAAUGAGAUAGCAUUAAGAUCAACGUUGAACGGUGGCCUGCUGGAGUAAAUUAGCAUGAUGUUAGCUUUGGUUAGCAGCUCCCUGAAUUAACGUAUGUCUGACACGUAGACUCCCAGGUUAACCUCACCUACAGAGUUUACCUCGAAGCUCUCCAGUAAGGUUUGUAUUCUGAAAUUCCCGUACUCCGUCUGUCUGUUCAGCUCUCAGAGUGAACCCACGCUGUAAGGUCAUCAAAGCAGACAUGCCAGACAAAGGAUGUUGAAUAUAGAGUAACCAAGCGGGAAGGAAAGAAGACCUUAGAGGAAACUCGUGGACGUAGUGAAGGAGGACAUGCAGAGGGAUAAGGUAGCUGAGAGGAGGGGAGACCUUUUCUGAACUACCAUGGCUCCACAUCCAGUAGUCCAGGCCAUCAUUGAUCUCUCUGCAGGAGCCACAGGGGGAGCUGCGUGCGUCUUCAGCGGGCAGCCUCUAGACACAGUAAAGGUCAAAAUGCAGACCUUUCCUAAGCUGUACCGUGGUUUCAUCCACUGCUUCAUGUCUACCUACAAACAAGUGGGUCUGCGUGGGCUCUACCAGGGCACUACUCCGGCGCUGAUGGCCAAUAUUGCCGAGAAUGCCGUGCUCUUCAUGAGUUACGGCUUCUGUCAGCAGGUCAUCCGCUUCACAGCUGGCCUGCACAGCGAGGCUGUGCUGAGUGACGUGCAGAAAGCCUGUGCUGGCUCAGUAGCGUCCAUCUUCUCAUCGCUAGUGCUCUGCCCCACUGAGCUUGUCAAGUGCCGACUACAAGCCAUGCAUGAAAUGGCAUCAUCAGGCAAGAUUGCCAGUAGCCAGAACACUGUGUGGUCAGUGGUGAAAUUCAUCAUAAGGAAUGAGGGACCACUGGGCUUCUUCCAGGGUCUGACCACCACUAUAGCCAGAGAGGUCCCCGGUUACUUCUGCUUCUUCGGUGCCUACGAACUCUGCCGCACAACUUUUGCAGACUACAUGAAAUGUGGCAAGGAUGACAUAGGUGUGGCUCCAAUUGUGUUCAGCGGCGGUUUUGGAGGGGCGUGUCUGUGGUUGGUGGUCUACCCUAUGGAUUGCGUCAAAUCUCGUAUUCAAGUCAUGUCUAUGAUGGGAAAACAGGCGGGCUUUUUCAAGACCUUCAUGACCAUCACUCGCACUGAAGGUGUGAGGGCGCUCUACUCUGGUCUUACCCCCACCAUGAUCCGCACCUUCCCUGCUAAUGGAGCUCUGUUUCUGGGUUACGAGGCCAGCCGGAAGCUCAUGAUGAAGCAGUUUGACAGCUAAAACGGUCCACAUCCUUAACACAAAUGAAGAAACGGCGAACUGAAAGUGAAGUAUUAUAGCCAUAUGACCUUAUACGUGGGCUCUUAAACUGCCACACUCCAUCUCCUUUGAGACUGAAGCAACUCGCUUUUGACACAGCGUUUACAUCACAGUAUUACUCUGGUUCUUACAUAGAAGAAUUUUUAGUUUUUUAAUACUUCGACCACUUUGUUAGGUACACCUGUUCUGCUGCUCAUUAACCAGCCAAUCACAUUCAUAGUUCAAAGUGCGCAUCAGAAUGGGGAAGACGCAUGAUUUUGGUAAGUGUGAACAUGGCGUUGUUGUUGUUGGAGUAUUUCAGAAACUGCUGAUCUGCUGGGAUUUUACUAGCAGGAACUAGCAAGGUGUACCUAAUAAAAUGUCUAAGUAUAGCACAGUAUUGAGCAAACAGCCUCUUUACAAGUAACUGCCAGCACUUCCGUUUAUUAUUUUACCUCUACCUCAACAAGGUCAUUGCACAUGUAACGAUUCUUUCACAUGGGAUCGGUUACCCAGUUAAAGAGGAGAGUUGUUGUGAAAGCCCCCUGUGGUCAUACAAGCAACUCUUGGGGCUCUUAUCCACUCCACAUGCACUACUUGAAGGCACAAAUACAUUCCUGUCUCUUCAAGUUGUGCAGAGACAUGAAUAAAACGGCUCCUUUAGGUUUUGAGAUUAUAUUUAGGGCAAAGCUUAAUAUGACUAUGUAAAGAUAAUAAAGUGGCAUAUGCCAUUUCAUUAAAUUUUAUUAACUAUUUUUAAAUUUUAUUAACUCCUUAUAGAAUCAUCGGCAGCUAUGUGGACACCUUAAUUUGGGAUCACACCUGGGUUUGUCUGUCUGGGUAGUUCUGCUCAUAAAUUCUGCUGCUUUCAAAAGGAACAUCGAUAUGUUUUAAAUCAUAGGCUGAUUUUUCUUUGUCAUGGUUGCCAUGCUGUACUCCACUUCGUGCUGUGAUUCUUCAGUAUGUUGAGACCCAGCAUUAAUCUUUUUUUUAUUGUGUAACCUUUGCCUGAUUCUGUGCCAUUUCCCAUAUUUUUUCCCCUUUCAAUGCUGAGUUUGCAGUUCAGAAUUCUCAAUCCUGUUCUCUUCAGUUUUAUUCAGAAGUGUAGAUAUUUUAUCCUGGAAAUGCUAACAAAAGACGGAGAACUGUUUGUACGUCAAACCUGAUAUUUAUUGUACUAAUGCAGCUUACAUUAAAAGUAAGAUUUAUUUUAUUUUCCUUUGACUGUAAUUACUGUAUUACUUUGACUGUAAAGCACAAUUAUUCAAACGUCACAUACAACAAAAUGCAGUACUGAAACUGUAGCUGCAGCGUUUUAAACCAGAUUAUCUAAAACUGGCCAUCUAAUUGGUGUAAAUCAUUUCUACUGUUAAAUAUUAAAAUGCACAACAGUGAGUUUAAGUUUUCUGUUAAUAUAUGAAGCAUUAAAUACAUAAAAAGUGAUUUUGUUAAACAGUGCAACUUCAAAGAGAAUGUUUUAUGCAGAUGCACACAUGAAGUUUAUCGUCAUUCAUCCAGCAGGGGGCGCCCAUCAACUGUCAAGAACUCUGUGUCUGUGAAUUGAAGAAUACAUUAAA